CCUGUAUUUUUAGUGAAUUGGUAAUUCUAUAUAAUUGUGUAAUUAUAUGAUUUUAGGUGAAAGAGAUUCUGGAAAUUAAACAAAAAGGAGACAAAUUAAUUAUAGUUGAGCCGGAAAUUCCCAAACUUCCAGUUCUAACAGGCAACAGGGCUGAGCGAAGGAAAAAGCUGCAAGAGUUGUUGAAAAAUGAAGAAGACACGAGUAGGAUUAAAACAUCAGAAGGUGUAAGUUUUGAAGAUAUACAGAUGCAGGACAACUUGGAUGAAAGUGGCAGUGAAGAACCUGAAGCAGAAAGUGAGACAGAAAAACGAGGCAUUACCUUUGAAAUUGCCAAGAACAAAGGGCUAACUCCAAAACGUAAAAAGGAGAAUAGAAAUCCCAGAGUCAAGAAUAAAAACAAGUUCCGUAAAGCAACUGUUCGAAGGAAAGGUCAAGUGCGAGGAGUAUAUAAGGAAAUCUCACGUUAUGGUGGUGAACCUUUUGGUAUUAAAGCAAGUGUUAGCAAGAGCAUAAAACUAAAAUAAAUGUUUAUAUAUUAUGA